AGAUGCAGCCCUUAAUGAUAAUAUCUCCACAAUUUUCAUCUCUACAACCAUCACUAUCAUUUCUACAACCAUUACUACCAUAGCCAGAACUAUCAAAACUACUUCUAUGACUAUCAACACCACCUUCACAACUAUCAAUACCACCCCACAACUAUUAAUACCACCUUCACAACCAUCAACACUAUCUCCACAACCAUCAUUAUUCUCACAACCAUCAUUACUUCUACAAAAAUUACCCAAAACUAGUCAUACUAACAAUAAGCAAUUAGUAGUAAUAAAAUCUGUUAUCAUUAUCGAAGAUGACCAACCCCAAUCAGAAAAAUAU